AUGGAAUCUUCAGACCUUGUCGCGUGGCCGAUGGCGGAUGCGGCGUUGACAGAGGAACUCCUGAACUUGUUGCAACAAGCCAUGCAUCACAGCCAGCUCAAAAAAGGCGCAAAUGAAGUCACGAAGUCCGUUACCCGAAGCUUGUCCGAACUCGUCGUUCUCGCUGGUGACACUGUUCCUCUCGGAAUAGUGAUGCAUCUUCCGUUGCUUUGUGAAGAGAAAAGCACCCCUUAUGUGUUUUUGCCAAACAAGCUAGCCAUUGGUCGAGCAUGCGGUGUGACACGGCCAAUUAUCGCAGCCACGAUCAUCUCCGAUGAUACUAGUACCCUGGCUCAACGAAUUGAGAAUUUGAGGGCCAAGGUGGAGCGACUUGCAAUCUAA